AUGGCCGACCUGCGUUUGGAGAUCCGAACGUUGAGCGGGGGGCUGCUGCUAGAGGCGAAACUGCCACACGGCGCCACUGGGGCACAGCUGCACGAGUUGGUGAACGCCACCGCCACUUUGGCCACUGAGUGGCGGCUUGUGCAUCGGGGCUCGGAGUUGGAGCUGCAGCAGCCCUUGGCGGCGGAGGAUGGCGAGACCAUCUUCGCGGCCGCGAAGCCCCAUGCCACCGAGGAGACCACGCCGUGGGCUGUGAGGUCUAUGCCCUGCCCAAGGGAUACCAGGUCCUGGCUCCUGCACUUCCGCCUGGAAAAUACUCUGGGAUUGCCAAGCGAAGCGCGGAGGAGCCGAAGCUGGUGUGCGAGGUGA